CGCCGCUGCUGGAGCUCAUCCAUUUGCCACAGACCUUUGGAUCUGUUCAAGACGAUGGGCAGGCCGCAGUACUUGGAAGAUGCAGCACGGCAGCUGGCAGACACUUGCCCUGCCCAAGCACGGUUUUUACUGUGGACACUCAGCAACAGAGAAGACAAAACCCAAGAUUCUGUGAACCGAGUGUGUCAUUACUGUUUCCAGUUUCUCCUUCCAGGUAAUGUUAGGGUACGUCUAAUGCCUAAAAAGAGGGUGACUCCACAGAUACAAAAACUACUUAAUCGGGAAGCAAAGGGCUACAAACUCAAUUUAAAACAAACAAAGCUUUUGAAGAAGUACAAGGAAGCAAAGAAUGUCCUGCUGGUUACCUGCAAUGCAUGUGGGAAAACAACAAGGCAUUCUGGGAAGAGUAGAGAAGGUUUGGGCAGAAAGGCAUCAGCCGGGAAGUCUUCAAACAAAACCACACCUGUCAGCCACCAUCAUUCUGGAUCCAACAGAAGGACACCCAAUUCCAGAACAUCAUCUGGCCAAUCAACACCUCGUUCUUCCUCCAGGACUCAAAGAAACAUCAAAGACCACUUCGCACAGCUGAAAAGACUGCUUCAUCUUGAAGAAAAUAAGAAAAGUAAUAAGGGGGACCUCAAAAACUUCUUACUAUCACUUUAAUUUUU